GCUUUCGGGUGGUGCCUGCACCCCUCCGCAGGCUGCUCCUCACCGCAGGAGCGACACUGGGCACCAGGGUGCCGCACGCAGCCGCCGACACGGAGCUCUGGGAAGGUGCCAGCCCCUCGCCGGGGGCUGCUUCACUGCGACUGGGCUCUGCUCAGCAAAGGGGGGCCCCGUGGGAGCCCCCCCCCCCCCAGCCUGGGCCCACAGCACCUAUCCCCUCUGCGCAUCACCUCAGAGGGCGCCGUGUCCUCUGGGGCAGGGCGCUGCUGCUGGGAUUUCGCACCAUCUGCUCGGGGAUCCGGGGCCUGCUGAGGGAUUUAACCAAGCUUGGGCAGGGGGGGGAGGCCUUGGGGCGCCCUUCCCCAUCCUUGCCUUUGGGGCUUCUCCAGCUGCCGAUGAUCCCCCACUCCCAAGGGGACAGAGCUACCCGGGGUGCUGCCAGAGGGGCAGGUUCUGGGGGCCGUGAGCCACACUGGAGCCCACUGAUUGCCCCCCAGGCUGUGCCCCCCAGGCUGUGCCCCCCAGGCUGUGCCCCAGAUUAGCGGGUGUUAAGCUCCUUCCUGCGGAUGCUCCGUCCUUCGGCAGCAGCGGGCGAGCGGCUCCCCACCGCACGGAGGGUGAGCGGCACUGCCACCGGGCAUGGGGGCCCCGCUGUCCCCGUGAGCCGCCGGCACCAAGGACCCUCACAGCCCCCGAUGCCACUUCUCCCCUGCGGCCCCCUCUUCGGCAGAGGCUUCGGUGGCUCGGGGCUGGGGUGCGGGGGGAGCCGGCGAUGGCCCUGGCAGGGGGCACCCCGCUCCCCGGCGCUGGGGAGGCAUGGGGGUCACGGCACUUGCUGCAGUAUCCCCCCGAGGACGACGGGGUGCUGUACGUGGACUACAAGCCCCCCGCCCUGGACAGCAUCCGCCUGCCCCGCUACGUCCUUUACCUGCUGAUGGCAUCCACCCUGGUGCUGAUGGUGGCGUACGCCAUCGUGGGGCACCUCAUCAAGGACCUGGUGCACGAUUUCGCUGACUGGGCGUUCGGGCCCAAGCUGGAAGAGGAGAAGGCGGUGGUGGCCGAGGGGACCGUGCCGGAGGUGGAGUGGCUGGAGGAGGACGGGGUGCUGGCAGAGGGGACGCCGGAGGGCGAAGGUGCCAGCGCCCUGCCUGGCAUGGACAUCCCACUGGGGCUGCUCACCUCUGCCCCGCGCAGCUCCAUCUCCUUCGCUGACACCCGCAAGAAGAGGUUUUUCUAGGGCCAGGGGACCCCCCCUCCCCGCCACCAUGGGACCCCACAGCCGUGCCCGGCCGUUGGGUCGCAGCACGACCCCUGGCCCCUCCCUCGGGUGCAGGGGUGAUGCUGCACGGUGCUUGCGCGCGGCUUCGCCGUCCUCGGCACGGCCCCACGAGCUUCUCGCGGGGCUGCUGUUGCUGCCCCCCAAUAAAGCAGCCUGCCCCAGCCCCGCUCGCUCGCCCCUUAGCCACAGGCCUGGACACAGGGGGGUGGCAGGGCUGGGACCCCCCGAGCUUGGCCUGGGGGCAGCAGCAUCCCUCCGUGGAGCUGGGCUGGCCCGGGCACGGGCGUGUGGGGUGGGACAGACGUGCGGAUGCACAGGUGGGUGUGUAAAGGCGGGUGCCCAGGGGUGUAAACCCCUGGCACGGGGCGGGGGGAGGGUGUGGGCACAGACACGCGUGGGCGCAGGGGGCACGGCCGCGGGCGCGCACACACACGCACAUGGAAACACAGCUGCACGUGCCGACGGGGAGGUCCACGUCAGCGCAAACACGCCCAGAUGCGUGGGGAGGGACAGACGGACGGACAGCUGUACGCUGAGGCUGGGUUUGCCCCCGCCGGCCCCCUUGGUGCCUCGACGCUGCCAGGUUGUGCCCCCUCCCAAUGGGGCAGAGCUCAAAGGCACCCACAGGUGCCCCCAAAGCCAGUCUUGGGGGGGGCAAAACACCCAUGAGCACCACUUGGGCUCUGAGUGGGGGCACUGGGGACGGGCGCUGCGCCGUAUGGGCUCCCAUCCCCUGCCUUAAACCCAGGGACACCCCCCCCCCCAAUCCCUCCGGUGAGGACCCUGUCCCCGUGUCCCCAGGGUCCUUCUUUAGCCCUUGGGGAAUCGCCACAGGCAGGGUGGCCCUGCCGCAGCCUGAGGUGCAUCCCUGGGGUGCUGCUGGCCACCCCGUGCCUCAGUUUCCCCUGUGCCCCAGUGGGUGGGGGCCGUGAGGUGGACUGGAGCCGCUUGCCAUGCCAAGGCCUCCCUGAUCAAACCGUUAAUAUUUAGCUCUUCACCCCCGCACGCCCUGGGCACGCGGUGGGGUCCCACCGGCACCAGCCAUUGCAGCUGGGGCCCUGAGCUGGGGCGAGAGCCGCGGGGGUUCCCAGGACAUGGCAGGGUGGGGACCAUAUCUGUGGGGAUGGGACAGCAGGCACGGUGGGCACUCCUCCGCACAUCUGCCCAUCUGUCUGUCCCUCUACCCACACACCCACCCAUCUGUCCGUCCUUCCAUCCACCCACCCAUCCGUCCAUCCACCCACCCACCCACUCACCUGUUUUUCCAUCCAAACACCGUGUCCCUCCCUCACCCCCUCCACCCACCCACCCAUCCCUCCCCUCAUCCACUCACCCACCCUGGGGGUGGACGCCAGCCCUGGGCACGGGGCUGCUGCUGUGGGCCCCGAGGCGCUGGGUGCUGCAGGGUGCUGGGGGAUAGGUGCCACCUCCCGACAGGAGCCACGUUGCCAUGGCGCUUGGUGGCACUUGUCCUCCUGAGCCCAAUAAAAGCUGCCCGUUGGCCCCGGGUGCAGAGAGCAGCGCCUGCAGUCGGCCCCAGAGUGGUGUGGGAGAGGAGCCCACCUUGGGGUGCCGGAUCCUGCUGUGCCCCAGCCCUCUGCCAGCUUCUGCCCGAAAAUGCCGAGGGCCUCACAGCCCCUCUCACUCCUGGUCCUGCUCGUCCUUGCUGCCACCGCCCGGGGACAGGCUGGCAUUGGCUCCAAGCAGCUGCAGCCCUGGCUCAUCGGCCUCACGGCUGUCGUCAUCUUCCUCUUCAUCGUCUUUGUGCUCCUGCUCAUCAACCGGCUCUGGCAGAUCAGGAUGCGCAGGUGGGCCGGUGCGGUGGGGAUGCAUCCUGCACCCCCGCCUUGGUGCAGGGGAUCCAGCCCGGGGGGGGCUGCAGGCUCCGGCCGUGCCGGGGGCUGGGAGCAAGGUGCUGCAGGGUGGGGUAGGGGCCCCCCCCCAGGCACCGCUCAGCCCCUCUCCCCCCUCGCAGGAAGCAGAGUGACAUCCAGGAGACCCAGGGGACUGGCAGGCUGGAGCGCGCUGGCUGCGCCACCCCGGCGGCCGCAGAGGACAGCGACGAGGAGCGGAGCACGGCCACGUCCUUCUGAGGCGGUGCCCCCCCUCCCCGGACCCCGCGGGGCCCGGCCCCGGGGACCCCCCCUUGGGGCACCACGCCCUCGACCCCGUCCGCGGGGCGGAUGUCCGCGCCGGGUUUUGCGGGGCGGGAGGUGCCGCCGCGGCCCCGGGUUGCCGCCAAGACCCGGCGUGGAUCGGCCGCCCGCUGGAGUGGAUCGGCGGGCGGCGACACGAGCUGGACCCGCCCCCCUCCCCGCCCCCCCCCCCCCCAGCUGUGGGCCGUCGGGGGGGUCCCACCCGUGGGGGGGGGGGGCGGGGAGCUGUACCCCACUAAAGGUCCCCAACCUGCUCCAGCAUCGAGCGUCUGGUGUCACCGUGCCGGGGAUGGGGCUGUCCCGUGGCCCCCGCGGGGCUCCGUGCCCCCAGGAUGGGGCCCGCGGCGCUGCCCCGCUCCCCGCGAGGGUGCUGGGCGCGGGGGCACCCCUGGGUGCCGCGGGGGCACCCCUGGGUGCCGCGGGGGCGACGGCGGGUUCCUGACAUGCGACAAGCUGCCAGGCCUCGGCGACUUUGGCACGACCGAGGGCCGGUGCCCCCCCCCCCCAAACACCCCCGGACCUGCCCCACGUCCCGGCCGCUGAUGUCACACAGGUGAGGACGAUGAUGUCAUGUGCAUCAGGCGGCUACGUCACGCAGCCAAGGUCUUGCUCCAGCGCCACGUCCCCACGUGAGCCCAUGGCUGCACCCACCCGUGUCCGUGUCCCCCCCCCCCCCCCCCCCCCCCGUGCCUGCGCCGGCCCCGCCCCCCCGCCCCCCUGGGUGCCCCCCAGGGUGCCGCUGCUCCCGGCUCAGCCGCCCUCCUCAUCUGGGCCCAGAGCACCCAUGGGUGGGGGUCCCCCCUCGGAGGUGAUGGCACCCACUGCCCAGCACAGCUCUGCUCCAGUGCCCCCCCCCAGCUGGGACACCCCUUUCCUCCCCAGGCACGGCGCCAUGCCUCAGUUUCCCCCGGGGGCAGCGAAGGAAGGGCGGAGGCGGGCUGGAGUUGAAGCAUAGCUUGUUUAAUUUUUAUACAUUUUUUUUUUUUGUCUUUUUUUUUUUUCCUUUUCUCUUUUUUAUCUCU